CAUUCAAAUUGAAAAAUUUUUGCACGAAGACAUUACAAAUAAACAGUAGAGUCCAUAGAAUAAAUAAAAAAAAUUGUGUUAGAAGAUUUAAGUUAUACCUUCGGAUCAAUGACAUUCGUUUUUAUGAUCUCCAAAUACAACUGGAUGGAUCAUGAUUUCAUGAAUGUCAUCCAGUUGUGAUUUUGAGAUCAGAGGUACUUGACCUUGAGGGGUUGACCAAAUACCUCUCUGUUGUAUGUUGUAUAUAAUGUACGCCCCAUAAAUUGUCUCUUAAAUCUCAACAACAUGGCGUCCAGUCCAAAGAGACAACGCACAGAAAGCCCAGAGGACGAAAAUAAGGGCGGCCAAACUGAUACUGAAUCGUCGAGUAACCUGUCUCUCGAUGAAGACAAUCAAAGUGGCAAUCCGGGUUACGCGAAGAGUUAUUCACGAGUGAGCAAAGAAGAUCUUUAUAUGAUCAUAGCUCUGUGGAUGGAAGAUUUUGUCGAUGAUCCUCCAGAAGGUUACAACAAGGUCGGAGCGGUGCUUGUGUUACCAAACGACGUGAUUUUUGCCGCAGAUUGUUCUCGAGACCGCGUCCACGCUGUAGCCAGGUUGUUGAUGAAGCACUACGAUAAAGCCAAGGGUUGCAAGAUGUUCAUGUCUCGAAAGCCGUGCCCGAUAUGUGCGAAGCUUUUGGUUCAAUCGAAAGUACAAAGAGUGUUGUUUCUGCCGUUUGAACCGGAAUACUAUCCUUCAAAUGACAACGAUUCCAUGAUGAAACAAGUCGAUAGUCUGUUCACCGCAAGCGCUAUUGCUCAGACAAGAUUCGUGUUGCAAGUCGAUGAGACUGUUCUUAAAGAUGCGCAACUGAAAACACCAUCACCAUCAAAAAUUAAAACGGGUAAAAUUAAUAAAGAAACGAAGAGCUUGGUCCGCAUGUAUGGUUUCCAAAAGAAUCCAGAGUGGAAAGAGUCUAUUGUGGAAAAACUUCCCUGGCCAUCAUUCGAUUCAGACAUAGACGGACACGUUCAAAAACGCUUUAGAUACGCCAUGGAGUGGAUCGCAAGAGUUCAAGUUCUGUCAGGCAGCGGGUUGAAUUACAAUUUUGAACUCGCCAAGCAACAGGAAUAUGCCGAUUACAAUGAUAUUGUCUUUGAUCCAGUGCUGAAUGAUUCCAACGAUCCGAAGCUGAAGCAUGCGCGUAAGUUCAUAGCUAUAGCAAGAUUUUUAUCCGAACGCACAGACGACCCAAAAGCUGGAGUUGGUGCAGUGAUUGUCAGUCCAAAAAGUGAAAUUCUCGCGUUUGGCUGGAACGGCUUUCCUCUCAAAGCACUCUAUGGCGAGUUUCCAAGAGGUUCAAGUAGCGAUCAAACUCCAGAUAAGAAGGGCCCGUAUAUCAUCCAUGCAGAGCAGAACGCUUUCUUGAUGCGAAAUCAGAAGAACAUCGAAGAAGGCUCAAUUCUGUUUGUUGCUGGUAGACCUCCAUGCGAUGAGUGUGCUCCCUUAAUUGAAAUGCAAGGCAUCAAAACAGUUGUCGUGGAUGCAGAUGCUGCUCAUGAUGUCAAUGCCCUGCGCGAAAAAGAGAAUUAUAAGCUUUUCCACGAGAAGGUCAAAGAUAACACGUUCGUUUGCUACCGCACGAAACUGCCAGUGCCAGUGACAAAAUGAUGAAACUGAUUUCAUGAACAAAUUUACCUUUUAAAUAAUUCUGGAUAUAUUACUUUGCAUGUAUUAAUACAUAUAGAUAUAGGUAAUGAUCUUCAUAUAUGAUAUAUAAUAUAUUAGUGACAAUUAACAUUAAAUCAUACCAAUUUAACUUUGAAACAAAUGUAAGCGAUAUAAGUAUUAUUUUACAACGACGUAUCGAUGCUAAUUCACGCAUUGUUUUCGAGUUGUAGUCAUUUACAUAAUAAAUUACUAGCUAUCACUAUACUUUGCAUUAUUUUAUAUUUUAUGCCUUACCACUCAGCAAAUAAAACAAUUUUUCAACGGAGAGUGCUUAUUAUGGCGAAGUGUAUAAAAUGUAUGUCGAGCCCUUUGAAAUGCGCAAAAAGUACCAGAACGAGGCUCGUCAGUCUUGCUAGUCAGUUUGCUAAAUCUAGCCUAAGCUUCGAUAUUUUUAAAAUUUAAAGGGAAAUGGCAAUAUAUUUUUUAUUUUGAUUAUAUAUAUAAUACUCUUUUAUCUUUUUUUCAUAUCUUGCUUACUUCUACAAAUAUUUUGAUCGAAAG